AUGUCUUCCACCGGGCUGCCAGAGCCAUGGACCGUGCGUUUCAGUAAAUCCAAAAGUAGACAAUAUUUCUUCAACCCACAGACCAAAGAAUCGCAAUGGGACGAGCCUGAAGGCACAGACCAUGCGGCCCUCAAACAAUAUUUAGUUGACCAUCCGCUUAGAGUGAGAUGUCUGCAUCUUCUGAUCAAACACAAGGACUCGAAAAGACCUGCAUCGCACCGUUGCGAUCCAAUCACCAUCUCCAAAGAAGAAGCACUGGAGGAACUGUCCGUCUACCAGCACAAAAUCGAACAAGGCGAGAAAUUCGAGGACCUGGCCAAGUCGCGCAGUGAUUGUUCGUCGUUCAAGCGCGGUGGUGACCUCGGGUCUUUCGCCAGUGGCGAAAUGCAACCGCCCUUCGAGAAGGCCGCGUUUGCCUUAAAGGUAGGCGAAGUGUCUAAGCCCGUGGAAACCGCAAGCGGAGUCCAUAUCAUCAAGCGAGUCGCCUAA